AUGGACCCGAACGUAGUAGCGAAAUUGGAAUCUGGAUGGUGCUCGCUCGCAUCUUCCGGUAGUAAAUCGUUGAUAAAGAAAUACCUCACCAAAGAAGUGUUGGAAGACCUAAAAAGACAAAAGACCAGCUUCGGUUCAACCCUCUUGGACUGUGUUCGAUCUGGAUUCGAACAUCAUGACUCUGGAGUUGGUAUCUAUGCACCAGACGCCGAGGCUUACACAGUGUUCGCACCGAUAUUCGACCCAAUCAUCGAAGAUUAUCACAAAGGUUUCAAGCCCACAGACAUACAUCCGGCACAAGACUGGGGAGACGUGAACGCGCUUGGUAACUUGGACGGUGAAAACAAAUAUGUGAUUUCCACACGGGUGCGGUGCGCUCGUUCGUUGGUCGGUUACCCGUUCAACCCACUUCUGACGGAAGUGCAGUAUAAAGACAUAGAAGAGAAAGUCUCGUCGACGUUGGACGGACUUGCCGGAGACCUGAAAGGGGAGUUUUAUCCGUUGACUGACAUGUCCAAAGAAGUGCAACAGAAAUUAAUCGACGACCAUUUCCUGUUCAAGGAAGGAGACAGGUUUUUGCAAGCAGCGAACGCGUCGCGGUUCUGGCCGACCGGCCGGGGCAUAUUCCAUAACCGGGACAAAACGUUCCUAGUGUGGUGCAACGAAGAAGAUCACUUGAGGUUGAUCUCCAUGCAAAUGGGAGGAAACUUGGGCGAGGUGUACAAGAGGCUGGUGACCGCCGUAAACGACGUUGAAAAAACACUAGCGUUUUCACACCACGACCGCUUGGGAUUUUUGACAUUCUGUCCGACCAACUUGGGAACGACCAUCCGGGCUUCCGUUCACAUUCAAUUGCCAAAAUUGGCCGCCAACAAAGCGAAACUCGAAGAAGUUGCCGCUAAGUACAGCUUGCAGGUGAGAGGAACACGAGGCGAACACACUGACGCCGAAGGUGGAGUUUAUGACAUUUCAAACAAGAGGAGAAUGGGUCUAACGGAGUAUCAAGCUGUCAAAGAAAUGUACGACGGAAUAAAAGAGCUUAUCAAAAUUGAAAAACAAUCAUAA